AUGUGCGAAACCGAUGAUCGGAGAGGGGAUAAAGAUGACUGGCAUAAGUUGCCGAAAGUAAUUCGGCAAAAAGUUUUUGGAUAUCUCGAUCCAGUUUCGAAGUAAGUUUGGAAUAAUUUGAGAAUUUUGGAAACGAAAUUUUUAAUUUUUUACUUGAAAACAAAAGGAUAAUUUUUUGGAUAAUCAAGCAAUAGAAAAAAGUGAACCAACGUAUUCAAUUUACUAGAAAUUUAUGUGAAAUCUGGAUUUUCACGAGAUGAAACUACUGUAUUUUAAUAUGAGCAACCUGCCAAUUUUCUACGCAAACUUUAUUUUAGAAAGUUCUGAAAAUUAGGGAAAAUUGAAAUUAAAUUGACAAGAAACUCAAAUCGCACAUUUUUUCGAUUUUUCCAGGCUGAACUUGUCAUUGUGCUCUAGAAGAACUUGGAAUACUAUUGUUGAAAAACCCGAUUUUUUCCACAAAAUAGUUGUUACGCAAGACGAUAUGAGAUAUAACGAAUCUUAUGAUGUUCAUUUCUUCUACGAAGACACUGAUAGUGAAUUAGAUGAUUGUCAAAUUGCAGGAGAUUAUUAUGUUACGUUCAGCGAUUUGCCUCGAAGACGUCAUGUAUCUGACAGUGAUGAUGAUGAUCAUCGUGAGAAUUCGGAUGAUGAUAUGGAAAAUGUGGAAGAAGAGAAUGAGGAAAGACAUUCAGAAGGAGAUGUUGAAAUGAAUGAAGAAGAAAAUGAAGAUGAAGAAGAGGAAUUCGAAGAUGAGGAAAAAGAAGAAGAAAGUGAUGAUGAAGAUGAAAUAGAAGAAGUAAAAGAUGAAAAUGAAGAGAAAAAACAACAGGAUGAAUUGUGGAAAAGAAGACGAAAUACAGUGUUAACAAGAGUUCAUCAGUUAGUUUUUUGCAGAGUUGUUUUAAUCUCACUUAUAUUUUAAAAUAUUUCAGUGUCAGCGAUUUCAAUAAAAAAAUGAUUAUGGUUGAAGGACGUCCGUUGGAAGUUGUUUGGAAAUUUAUCAAAAAAUUCCUUGAAAAACGGCAAAAAUCAGUGGGCGUUAUUGAAAUUAGAGCAGAAAUUAUUCGAGAUGUUCAUAAGCUGAAAGUCAAACAAUUUCCACGAUUGGAAAGCCUUCAUUUGUGUAGUAUUUUUUACAUUAACAACUUUUAUGAAGACUAUACCGAAGACUAUUAAAAAACUCAGUUUGAUUUGCGAAUUUUUUGGAUUAAUUAAUGAAAACACGAAAUUUUUGAAUGUUUUUCCACAGGUAAGAAUACAAAUAUCUUAAUUCAAAAUCAAAACAAGUUGAUUUUAGAUUCUUGAUGCAAGUUAUUCUCACUGCAACAUACGUGUCUGAAAUACGACGAUUUUCUAAGUUUGAAUGCUCGAGAAGUGCGAUUGAAACUUGGAUGGAUCACCGCAGAACAUAUCAAUGAUUUCAUAAAAUUGUGGAAAAGUGGAAAGAUUGCAGAUUCGAAAUUGGAAAUUUGCGUAUUUCAUGAUCCAUCGAAUGUUUCUUUGGAUACUAUUCUCACAGACUUGGAUUCUGUUCAACUUGGAGCUCAUAAUACUUGCGGACGGUAGGAUAAUGUUUUUUUUUGUUUCGAAGGUCUAUUGUUCAUUCAGAUUCCGCUCGACUUUUGAUGAAACUCGUCAAAUUUUCCGAACAAUGAGUGAUGUUAAUCCAAAUAAUCAUAUGGAUAUUAUUAAAUCAAAAAAUCAAUUGGUUCUUCUGAUAAACAACGAAAUAAAAGAGGAUCGUGGUGCCGAAACAAAUCGUGGUUCCGAAAAUCAUAUUUGUAAUGUUAAUUUUUGUUGCCAAAAAAGUUAUCAAAAAAUGCUAAAUUCUCCGUAUCAUUAUUGGUUUUAAUUACUUUAUCAUUAAAUAUUUUUGUGUUGAAGCUUGAUAAAGACGAAAAUGUCCCCACGGUUUGAAAGAUUUUAAAAUUCCUCUUGAUUUUUCCCUGAUUGUUAAAUACCAUUUUCUUUCAUAUUAUUAUUGCCUUCCUCUGAAAUUUAAAAAUGAAAAUUAAUUUUUUAUAAAGUUAAAAUAAAGAUUCAAUUUUAGUGUGAAAAUGACGAGAGACGCAGAGAAAUGUGUGCAUCAUACGAAUGUUUGUCCGCAAACACCGAUCGAUUUUUAUUUUUUCGUUUUUUCAGCGUUUUUGUUUUCUUUCUUUUUCAGGAGCGUUCUCCAGCAAAACCUUAAUUUUCAGACAGAAACAAUAAUGGAAGAAGAACUAGCGAAUUAUAAAUUACAAUUGCAACAAGUUGAAGCUGCCCUUCUUGGAGAUCCGGAAAAUGACGAAUUAUUGAAAUUGAAAGCCGAUUUGCAAGAGAUUAUUGAAUUGCAAGAAGAAAUUACAGCAAAAGAUACAGAUGAAAUUGAAGAUGUUGUGAUUGCGCCAAAAGUAAUACAUAAAUGGACAGUUGGAGAAAGAGUAUUUGCACCACAUCCAGAUGGAAAGAAAGUUUAUGCACGAAUUGAUAGUUUAACACCGGCUGGAGUUGCUAUUACAUUCACAAGUGAGUUUUUAGACAUACGUAUACAGUGCCAAGAGUAAUGAAUUUUCUUGGUGCCAAUUCGCCGAUAAAUUUCAAAAUUUAAUCCGAGUUUGAUCGAAGUUGGGCGUACCAUGUGUUUUGAAGAAUAUUAAUCUAACAUUCACAAAAAUCUCUUCUGGCUUACACUUUUCAAAAUCCCCAUUCCCCAAAAAUCCAAACUCGAACUCACGUUUAUUUUCCAAGUUUCAGCAUUGUUGGAAUAGUAAUUACACCAUAUUUCAUAAUUUCGGCACCAUAUUCAGACUCAGUUUUAAAUUUGUAAUCAUUUCGAAAAAUUAGGAAAUCGAGAAAUGAUUGGUUGAGAAAAUUUGAGAUAACGUGAACCUAAAUAAUAUAUUUGACGUGAUCGAAUUUUUUAUUAAUCCUAAAAAAACAAUAUUUUCAUUUUCCAGAAAGUGGUCAAAAAACUAUAGUCGAUCCAUCCGAUUUGGAAUUGCCACCAGAAAAUCAACGAAAAACCUACGCAUUCGACAAUCCAAAAUCGAAUGCGGCAAGUUCUUCCGGACACGGAAAAAAGGAGUGGCAAGCUGAAAAAGAACGACGAAAACAGCGAGCGUUGAAAAAAGAGCAGAAAAAGAAAGAGCUCGAUAAAGUCAAGGAUAAUGAGAAGAAAAGUUGGCAGAAAUUCAAUUUGAAAGCGAAUGCAAAAGGAUUGAAGGUGAGGAUGACAAGGGAAUAAAGAAAGAAAAAGAGAUGGAAAAAGUAGAGAAUGUUGGAAAAUUUAUCGCUGAAAACUGCAAGAUCUGAAGAUGAGUUAUGAACUGGCAAAAUUUAAAAAAAAAUUUAAUGAAAAAAUUCAGUUUUUUUUGUAAAAUAAUUUUGAAACGUUUCUACGUCAUAACCCAUAUUCAGAGUUUUUGCAAAUUUUAAUGAUAAGAUUGUGUUUAGUUGGUCAAAAUCUACUAAAACACAACUUUGUUCUGGUUUUCAAAAAAUAAACUGAAAUAACUUUCAGGGUUUAAAACGUGUAAAUGCAACGGGUUCAAGUCAAGAUGGUUCAUCGGCUUAUGGUGUAAAACGUGAAACAACAGUCUCUUCGCGAAAUCAACAAUUCCAAUUCAAAGCAACUCGUGGAGCUAUGGAUUCAUUAUUCUGA